CAAUAGAUUUUGGGAUUUGGGGCAAAAUAGUUGAGUCGGUCAGGCAUCAAACAUUUUCAAGAAAUUUAUAAAAGGAAGAAAAAAACCUAAAAGUUGAAGAAGAGAAACAUUAUACACCUUUCCCCCCUCCCCUCUAUCUCUCUCGCACAAGUGGUUUUCCAAAUUGGUGCACCGAUUCGCAUUCUUCAGCAAUGUUUAGGGUUUCAGAGAUUCGUUGAAGACGAUAAUGGUCGAUUCAGCUGGGUAUUCUGUUUAUUGUAUGGGUAGAGAAUGCCGGAGCUGCGCAGUGGAGUACGCCGAGGCCGUGCUCCGGUAGUAGACCAGCGGCCAGGGAAGAAAUCGGCGCAAUUGGUUGGGAAUUACGUCAAGACUCGUGCGGCCAAAGCAAGAGAAGCAAAAGCUGCGGAAGCAAAAGCAUCUGGAGAGGAGGCGUUGCCGCAGCGGCGGACGCGAUUGGAGGCGGCAGCAGCAGCGAAGAAGAAGAAUCGGAAAGAAGAACCGGUGAUUGUGAUUUCUGAGGAUAAGAAGGUUGAAGAAGGAGAUAAAGGAGGGUUUUUGGCAAAAAGCGGAAAAGGUGAGGUUAGGAAGAAGCGUACGAUGGGGGAUGAUAGUGGUGGAUUGAGUGCUAAUAAGAUCACUGGACAGGAAGAAGAAGGGAACACAGCCCCUUUCCCUGAGAAGGUUCAAGUAGGAGGUUCACCACUUUAUAAGAUUGAGAGGAAGCUAGGUAAAGGUGGAUUUGGUCAGGUGUUUGUGGGUCGUUGUAUUUCGGGUGGAAAUGAUCGCGCGACUGGUCCUGGUGCAGUGGAGGUAGCUCUGAAAUUUGAGCACAGAACUAGCAAAGGCUGUAACUAUGGUCCCCCAUAUGAGUGGCAGGUGUACAACACACUUGGUGGCAGUCAUGGAGUGCCUAGAGUACACUUCAAAGGAAAGCAAGGAGACUAUUAUGUUAUGGUUAUGGACAUGCUAGGACCUAGCUUAUGGGAUGUAUGGAAUUCUUCAGGACAGUCGAUGUCCUCUGAAAUGGUAGCUUGUAUUGCAGUUGAAUCUUUGUCAAUCCUGGAGAAGAUGCACUCCAGGGGUUAUGUGCAUGGAGAUAUAAAGCCAGAAAACUUUUUACUUGGCCAGCCAUCUACAGCCCAAGAGAAAAAGUUGUUUCUUGUUGACCUGGGAUUAGCGACGAAGUGGAGAGACAGCAGCAAUGGGCAUGUUGAAUAUGAUCAACGUCCUGAUAUGUUCAGAGGAACUGUUCGAUAUGCUAGCGUGCAUGCUCAUUUGGGAAGAACUGCCAGUAGAAGAGAUGAUCUGGAAUCUCUUGCAUAUACGCUAAUUUUUCUUCACCGAGGCAGGCUACCAUGGCAAGGGUAUCAGGGUGAUAAUAAAUCAUUCUUAGUUUGCAAGAAAAAGAUGGCAACAUCUCCUGAAACAAUGUGCUGCUUCUGCCCUGCACCUCUUAGACAAUUUCUUGAGGUUGUGGUGAACAUGAAAUUUGAUGAAGAGCCCAACUAUUCCAAGCUAAUAUCACUGUUUGAGGGUCUGAUUGGACAAAAUCCUGCUAUUAGGCCUAUAAAUACUGAUGGUGCUCAAAAGAUUAUUUGUCAAGUUGGCCAAAAACGUGGUAGAUUGAAUAUUGAAGAGGAAGAUAAUGGGCUGCCUAAGAAAAAGGUUCGGCUAGGAGUUCCUGCUACGCAGUGGAUUUCAGUUUACAAUGCCAGGCUACCCAUGAAACAGAGGUACCAUUAUAAUGUGGCAGAAGCAAGAUUAGGACAACAUGUGGAGAAAGGUAAUGCAGACGGUCUACUUAUUAGUUGUGUGGCAUCUUGUUCCAACUUAUGGGCACUUAUUAUGGAUGCCGGAACUAAUUUCACAAGCCAAGUUUAUGAGCUGUCACCUUUCUUCUUACACAAGGAAUGGAUCAUGGAGCAAUGGGAAAAGAAUUUUUACAUCACAUCCAUUGCUGGUGCCACCAAUGGAAGCUCUCUUGUGGUGAUGUCCAAAGGCACCCCAUACACGCAACAAUCUUAUAAGGUGAGUGAAUCUUUCCCCUUCAAGUGGAUAAACAAGAAGUGGAGAGAAGGUUUUCAUGUGACCUCCAUGGCAACUGCUGGUAGCCGAUGGGGUGUUGUCAUGUCUCGCAAUGCUGGCUUUAGUGAUCAGGUCGUGGAACUUGAUUUUCUUUAUCCAAGCGAGGGCAUACAUAAACGUUGGGAUAGUGGUUAUCGAAUUACAUCAACUGCUGCUACUCUGGAUCAAGCUGCUCUAAUCCUGAGUGUACCCAGGCGCAGACCUGGCGAUGAAACUCAGGAGACUUUACGUACGUCUCAGUUUCCAAGCACACAUGUUAAGGAGAAAUGGGCAAAGAAUCUCUAUCUUGCUUGUGUGUGUUAUGGACGAACUGUAUCUUGAUUCCCGUGUAAAUGGAAGAUGGAUGUCCUUGUCAAGAGAAGCCUGGAGUUUGAGUUUGUUGUUUCAUCUUUUGUUGCCUUAUAUUAUUAUUUAAAAUUGAUGGUAAGAGUUGAGGUGUAUCAGCAGAAAUGGUGCUUACAUGUAUUCAUAGUUGAUCCAAGGAUAUGUAUAUUUGGCUCUUCCUCAGCUCGUGCAUAUUGGCAUUUAAUUGAAUACGACUUUGUUGUUGCAAUUGUAAUUACUGUUGGUGGUGGCAAACAUGACUCGCAUUUGCCGUGAAAGAUCACAAGAGUAAUGUUGCAUAUGAAGUAAGGUUUUGAUUUUA